GCUCAAAAAAACGGAAAAGUUUCAGUGAUCCCCUGCCAGGAGACAGGCCGCGGUGUUUGAUGGGAUCGAAAGACGAUAGCGCGGUGGAAUUACUGCGGCUAUCGGCGCCGUCGAACAACAUGGACGCAACCAUUAGAAGGAGAAGUUUCGAUGAUGCGCAGAGUAGAUUCAAGUGCAGAAAAGUCCUCGGAAUCGGUGGAAAGGAGCCCUCAAAAGUUUUACAAGUGCUUGGGAGCCAAGAAUCGUAUCUUAUACUUAUACCAAGAGGUCACGACCUGUGGCAGUUUUUUACUACGGGAUGUUUCAUACUUUUUGCAAUUAUGUGGCUAGUUUUCCCAGGCACGUUCGUGUCUUUCAUCACUUCCCAAGCUCAACCUGACCUGGUUAUAUCAACCAUGUGCUGUCGGAUUAUAGGUGGCUCUUUAUGUGCAAUGGCAGCAAUCACGUGGUACACAGAACCAAUAACAAUGGCCUCUAUAAGGAAUACUCUGAUGCUGCAAUACACGUACAGCGGUAUCGCCACGUUUGCGCUGACCUGGGCUUUUAUGACCAAUAAGUCAAAGUUCCUGCUGGUUCUGUCCAUCUUACACGGGCUCAUCGCGUUAGGCAGCACUUACUACUUCUACGCUUUCCGUCUGCUCAACAAACCAACUCCCGACAAACCAUCCAGUAAGGGCGUCAACGGCGAUAACGACAUGAACCACAACGACUGAAGACAGCGGCGGCAUCCAAACGAGUUUCGUGUUGAUAUCGUUCGGUGGUACGAGUGUUACACGAGUGCAACGAGUUGAUUUUGGCGGGUGAUUAACUCUUUAUGAUCUUGAUGACAAGUCCCGAGACUGUGUGAAGCUUUCGUGUAGAAAUAGAGUGGAAUUUUGCUGUGCUCGUUAAUUAGAGGUAUUUUGCAUUCGCAUGCGAAUCCUGAAUAAAUAAUUAUGGUGUUUAGGUGGAGAUUUACACGCCUUUUCCGCGUCCUUGUAAAACAUUGUUUUUCUUGUUGUCUUUGAAGUAUCUUCUUUGAGAGUGAUUGAAGCUACUACAGCAGAAUUCAAUUAUAUUUUAACGUUAAUUGGAGUUUGUGAUGUUUUCUUUGUAAACUGUGCAAACAUUGUUUAAAAGGGAGGUCUGCGCGCACGCUGCGCACCCACUUGUACACGCGCCUGGCCAGUUCUCACUAGUAUUUUUUGUCACGCGACACCAGCUAUCAGUUUGUGGCGAUUUUAUUGCACCCCAAAUCGCGUGUGUAGACAGACUGCAAAUUAGCAGAGAUUUCACUACGAUAGCUUGCAAAUUUAUUUCAGUUAAUUCGAGCAUGCUCGAAACAUUUUACAUAAAAAUCGCAGCCCGUGUCGUGCGACAAAACUUUCCAGUGUACAAUGGACCUUAUAAUGCUGCAAUCGCACACGGAACAGAACAUAAAUAGUCUGUCUGAACAUGUUCUGGUGUUAAUGUGAACGCCGCAUUUCUGAUAAGAAAAGACUCUUCAGUAUCUCAUGUUUAUAUGUAUUCCAUGUGAAUUUUGUGUAAGAUGCCAAGAAAGCCACCUUUAAUUUUUUUAGAAAGUAAGAAGGUGAAGAAUGAUCUUAUCAACUAUUCUGUAAAUGAACAGGCAAAAUAAAUAUGUCUUUAUGGGUGCGUAACCGAAGAUGUCAUCGGACCAUAUUGGUCUCGAGUGGCUAUCGGUUUCUUGUCUUUGUAUGUUGAGAAUGACGCAUGAUAUGUGAAGUGAUGUAUAUGUAGAAACAGAGUAUAUUAAUAUGAAUAUAGGUAUAAAGUAUUGUAAUAUAUUCAAUUAUAUUAAAUCUUACAAAGAUUCUCUA